AUGUGGGAAGAUGACGACUAUUUAUGCCGACUUUUGGCGGACAGUUUAAUAAACCCAGUUGGAUUUUUGCCAGUUCAAAGGUUGAAUAGGCGUGUGGAUGAUAUUUUGUCGGACAUUGAAUAUCAUGGAAGAAACGUGGAGGUUGUUGAGACCGGGAGUUGGGCCGAGGGAUUCCGCAUGCAUGGAAUAGACGUUGAUCGGAUGUACAUAGAUAAAACUGCGAUGGUAUCAGAAACUCCAGAAAAAAUACCAAUAAGUUUUGUGCCAUCAAAGUCGACAAGGGAAAACCAGGAAACACAUGGGCCCUGUGUACGGAGAGUAGCGCAGCAUGGAACGGAGCAAGACGACGCACACUGUUUAAGCUGCCCCCACUGGCCCUCUGAUGGAAUGGAAUGGUACCACAGAAGAAGGCCACAUGGAUGGCCAGAGCGUCACUUAGUGAGGGACAUAUACAAUAAAGGAUGCCAUGUGGUGCCCAUUGGUCGUAAAUUCAUUGACGGAAAAGGACUUUGGUGUUUUGACCCCAUGUCUUGGCGAUUUUCAUUUUCAGUCGCAGAAAAGCGAUUAGUUUAUACAUUUAAUGAUACACAGUUUUUGGUUUAUGGCAUAUUCAAACUUUUAGUCAAAGAGGCAUUCCGGGAGACCCGAAACGUUUUGUGUUCGUAUUUCAUGAAAACGCUUUUAUUUUGGUGUAUUGAAGAAACACCAAAGGAAUGGUGGAGACAAGAACGCCUAGUUUCCUGUAUAGAAAUGUGCUUCAAACGACUUAUUUCCUGGGUUUCUAAUGGAUAUUGUCCUAACUAUUUUGUCAGAGAAAACAACAUGUUUCUUGGCAAGUUAGAUGAAGUGGAGCGUGAAUCGCUUUUUAUUCAUUUGUCAGAGCUGUAUGGAGAGGGUUGGAGGUGCCUCUUGACCUGUCCAUCCUUAAACGACUUGAAAGAAGCCCUGCAAAGAGUUAGACUACAAAUUCUAGAGGCCCCCUGUGAAUCUUAUUUCACUGAACCGGACGAGGAUUUCAAACUAUUGAGUACUCAAACACGGAAUGAUUCUAAUACACCAAGAGAAGAUAUCGAAGAUAGAGCAUUUUUUGCUCAUUUAGAAUGCAUCGUUCAGGGUCACCCAAACUUCAGAGAUCUUGAUAGGGAGUUUUUCAAUGCAGUGGGCCUUUUACUUGAAGAAGGAUCGCAACUUGAUACCUUAAUGCAUGAUACCGUUACGCUCUACAUGUAUAAAAUUCUACAACUCAUAGCUAUGAUUUUCUUUUAUAAGGGUCUGAAUGACACCCGUAGAUGUGCACGUUUCCGGUACAGACAAAUUAGACGGGCACUUAACUUGAUGAAACUUACAAAUUCAGCAGAUAUAAGUAGAGGAAGGCUAACUUUAGCAACAGCUUUUUACUGUAUGGGAAACUAUCGCGACGCUUUGAAAAUUAUCCGACAAUAUGAAGCAUUUAUAGAUGAUAAUCGUGGUGUUCUUUAUGUAAGCUCGAGAUAUCCAGAUGAAAUGGAUGAAAAAUACAUUACCAAUUUCUGUAAUG